GGGGUUUAGUGGGAUUUAUCUAUCGAACCCGCAUUCACCAUUUAGCACAUAUAUAAAAUCUAAUUUCGAAGUUUGGCUUUUCGUGAGGGUUUAGUUGAAGGCACACAGCUUAGGCCUCAGGGAAAAAGGGUUUCUUUCAUUCUCUGCAAUUCGCCAUGGCCGACGACGACUAUGAUGACAUGGACAUGGGGUACGAGGAUGAGCCCCCAGAGCCUGAGAUUGAGGAAGGUGCAGAGGAGGAUGCGGAAAACAACAAAAACGAUGAGUUAACUGGAGAGCCACUCGAAGCUGAGGAUAAGGAAGAAGGACAACCGGUGGAGCGGCCUCGGAAGACAUCAAAGUAUAUGACUAAGUAUGAACGUGCCAGGAUUUUGGGUACCCGUGCUCUUCAAAUCAGUAUGAAUGCACCUGUCAUGGUCGAGUUUGAGGGGGAAACUGAUCCACUUGAGAUUGCCAUGAAGGAGCUUCGAGAGCGGAAGAUACCCUUUACAAUCCGGCGCUACUUGCCUGAUGGAAGCUAUGAAGACUGGGGAGUUGAUGAACUGAUUGUGGAAGACUCCUGGAAGAGGCAAGUGGGCGGUGAUUGAUUGUUGACAGAGGUGGGAGGAGUAACAGGCACUAAUAUUUGUCUUCUCAUAUCUUUUAUCUUUGGCUUGAUUGAGGUUGAUACUAAUCUAUGAUUCCCCACCUUAAACUUUGCUUACAGCGAUGUCUAUGUAUCCCUGUUGGUGUAAUCUCUGUUUCAACUUGUUUAUAUAUACAAUAUAUCUCUAGGCGUUCAAUAGUGGUUCUGAUUUUUCAAAUCAACUAUCGGGACACCCCUAGCUCAACGAAGAUUGGAGUGAUACUUUUUAAUAUUUGUUCUCUAGUAAGCUUCUUGUUGUCUUUCUCUAGUUUCUUACUGUUUUGUGGGAACAUUUUGGAAAUAUCAGUUAUACCGUCCCUAAUGAAAAAUGAUGGCAAGGCAAUAUUUGGA